AUGAACACAGCUGCCGACCGCAUAUCCAAGAAUUUUAUUGGCGCAGUCAGGGAUGAGUGGCAGCUCUACAGCAACAACUCGUCCGACUAUGCCAUUGGCGCACCCAUAGGUUUUGGCGCCUCAUCUACCGUUUACGCCGCCAAGUAUCGCCCUCCCGAUGCCCCCCAACCCCUUCCGUGUGCGCUCAAGGUCCUUGAUUUGGAUCGUCUUCCACCCCGCACUCUGAAAUUGCUCCAGCGUGAGACGCAGCUCAUGUCCCUCUCCAAGCAUCCCAACGUGCUUCGCGUCCGGGGCUCGUGGACGGACGGUCACCAGCUGUAUAUUGCCCUGCGCCUCAUGAACGCAGGCAGUGUGGUCGAUGUGAUGCGAUUCGCCUGGCCAGAGGGGAUGGAGGAAGAGGUCGUAAAAUGCAUCCUGAAGCAGGCUCUAGAAGGCCUCAACUACUUGCAUGUCAAUGGCCUCAUGCAUCGCGACGUGAAGCCCGCCAAUCUGCUCAUUGACGAUGACGGCACCGUCCUGCUCGGAGACCUUGGCGUCGCCGCUUUCCUCUGGGAUACGGAGGACAUCCCUCCGUCGUCUUCUACACUCUCCUCCGGCCGGCCUAUCGCCCGCCGCAAGUCUUUUGUCGGCACGCCAUGCUAUAUGGCACCCGAAGUGAUCAACGGCCGGCCGUACGACGCAUCGGCUGACAUAUGGUCCUUCGGCAUCACCGCGCUCGCUCUCACACAAGGCCGCGCCCCGCGCUCCCUGCUCGCAACGCACACUGCACUACUCCAGACCGUGCGCGACGCGCCGCCGACGCUCGAACGCGCUCGUUCGGGUGCGCAUACAUACUCGCGUGCGCUGCAGGACGUUGUGGCACGUUGCCUCGACAAGGACCCUGCACGUCGGCCAACGGCGCAGGAACUCCUUUCCAUGCCACUGUUCCGUGGGGCGAAGCGGAAAGAGUAUUUGGUGGGGAAAGUGCUGCAGGGCCUUCCGCCGCUUGUGGAGCGCAUGGAGCGUGUCUCGAAGCGCAAGAAGCAGGGUUCUGGUACAGCCUGGGGAACGGUGGAUAGCUGGGACUUCGGCAGCGCAGCGGCGAGCCCCACUACCAGCGUAUUCCAAAGGCGCACGGGAGGCGCGGUGUCCCUCGCAGACGACCACAUGGAAGAUGAAGACGGAGAGAAUGAGGAGGAGCUAUCAGUCAGCCGCCAUGCUCGAAAUAUUUCCUGGGCACAGCCUCCACACGCCGCGGAAACUUCUCCGGCAGCGGUGCAUGCUUACGAGUCUUCCCAAGGAGGCAGCCCUCUCUCGCCAGUAAAUGCGAGCGUGGACCCUGUCAUUCCUGCAGCACCGCCAUUAUCGUCUUCUCCCUCUGGCUCAUCCAGCUCGUCAUCCAUACGGACAGCCGGGUUUGCGCACAUCGCAGAGCCAGCGCAGACGUCCCCGUCACAUAUGGGUCUGUGGAAGCGAAUGGUGGCGCGGCUUGAAGGGGAACACGAGAGAGGACACGAGUCGGAGCAUCCGCAGCGUGAAUCCUUCAGCGAGGAAGGAGAGCAUUAUUAUGUUCCCGCCACAGUUAGACAUAUUCGGAGAAAGACGCUAUCUGUACUUGGUCGAUCGAAGGGUGUUUCGUGA